CACACCAUGGCGGCCCCUCCGCAGCCGCCGCCGCUUCCGGCACCGCCCCGGACGUGUCCCCGGCCGGGCCCCGCCGCCUUCCGCUGCCGGGCGGCGCGGCGCGCUCCGCGGUGCCGCGCAGCAUGAGGGAGGCGGAGAUGCGGAGGCUCGUGGCGGCCAACCUGCUGUGCGCUGUGGCCAUCGUCCUGGCCGCCGUGCUCCCGGCCGCCUUCGUGGACGGCUUCAGCGUCCUGGGAACGCACCUCACCUGGCUGUGUGUUUGUUCUGUCUGUGUUGCUACCCUUAAUAUAGUCUUGCACUUAGUCCUUAAACCAAAUCAGUCUCCUAAGAGACGUUCCUUUGCUCACAAGAUAUCCAGAUUUCUAAAAUGCUGUAUAUACUUUUUCAUGUCUUGCAUACUGUUUCAUGCGAUUAUUGUUCUUUAUGGAGCACCUCUCAUAGAGUUAGUGACUGAGACAUUUUUGUUUGCAGUUCUACUGUCUACAUUUACUACUUUACAGUGCUUGUGUUUGCUGGGACCAAACGUACAGGCAUGGAUACGGGUAUUUAGUAAAAAUGGAGCUAUGUCCAUCUGGGAAAGCAGCCUACAGAUUACUUCCAUGUGCAGUAUACUUGGAGCUUGGUUUGGAGCAUUUCCUAUUCCUCUUGACUGGGAUCGGCCUUGGCAGGUAUGGCCCAUUUCCUGUUCCCUCGGAGCUACCUUUGGCUAUAUGGCUGGUCUCAUUAUUGCACCUCUGUGGAUACACUGGAACCGGAAGCAGCUUACAUACAAAAGCAGAUAACUGGAGCAAAAAGAGACAAGGUAUUUCUUUGUGCAGAUUCCAUACAGACUGUGCAAAAGUUGGGGGUUUUUUAAGAUGUAUAUAUAUAGAUAUAUAUAUAGUCAAAGCAGAAGACUGUCCAAAUUCAGUUAAGGAUAUUUCAGGCCAAGCAUCUCCACUCAAUAAAAUCACAUAGAUGCCGUUUCAGCAUGGUGCAGUUUUUGCUUCUUCUAGACUGUGUAACCCUGAGAGAUUGUACCUUCCAGUCUGAAUAAAAUAUUUGUAACAGA